UUCAGCUUUUCCAGCGGGAUGCGUGUGGACUUAUAUUCUGAUUAAAUGCCCACACGUUACUCGUCAGGUUUGAACUGCUGUCUUGUUUUCUGUCUCGUCCUAAUGUCUCCAAUCUCAUGCAAAGUUACAGACCAACCGUUGAUCUGACCUGGACGCUCCAAGUCAACGUUACAGUGGAUUCAUCGCUUUGGAUGGAGAACUUCAUCCUGUAUGAGGAGGUCGGCAGAGGCAGCAGCUCUGUUGUGUAUAAAGGAAGAAGGAAGGGCAGUCUGAAUUAUGUGGCCAUCAUCUGCACUGACAAAGCCAAGAGACUGGAGAUCACUAACCAUGUUCGUCUCAGCAAUGAGCUGGAUCAUUCAAACGUAGUGUGCUUCUAUGAGUGGUUUGAGACAAGUAGCCAACUCUGGUUGGUAGUGGAGCUCUGCACAGGUGGUUCCAUGGAGUCUGUGAUUGCCCAGGAUGGAUAUCUGUUAGAAGAUGAAGUGAGGAGGAUUGGAUGGGACUUGGUCAAAGGACUGAAGCACAUCCAUGAAUCAGGAAUCAUUUUCUCUGACUUGACCCCUGCUAAGAUUUUACUGGAUGGUAGUGGGACCCUGAAGUUUGGUAACUUCUGUCUGUCUAAAGUAGAGGGAGAGUCUCUGGAGGAUUUCUUUACCUUGCUCUCUACAUCUGAGGAGGCAGGGGAGGAAGAUGGCAACGAGAACUUUCACAACAUGAGGAAAAGAUUACAAGGUUCUCCAGCCUACACUGCACCAGAGGUUUUACAAGGAUCAGAAAGUAGUAUGAGCUCAGAUCUCUGGGCUCUAGGCUGUAUACUGUUCUACAUGUACACUGGUAAACCUCCAUUCUCCUCUGAUAGCUACACUGAACUGGCAGACAUGAUUAUGAAUCAGGAGCCACCACCUCCCAGACAGUCAGUGUUGUCAGUCAGUCCUCCCAGUGAGGAAUUCCAGAGUCUUCUCAAAGCUUUGCUCAACAAAAACCCAGUGAAGAGGGUGGACUGGCCAGAGUUGCUGGAACAUCCUUUUUGGAUACCAGUACUGACGAAGGAAGAUGAUGUGGAAAAGGGAGACGAGGAGGCGGAUGAAGAAGACGAUGACUUUGUUGCCAUUGCUGCGUCUUUACACGCAUGGAUUCCUGAUCCUUUAUGUCCAGCACACUUAGAUCAGCGUCCCGACAGCCAGUCAGCCAUCACUGGUCAGAAACUAAUUUCAUCACAGACAACUCCUGCAACCACUGACAGACAAGUUGUCCGACACACUUCCUAUGGAGCCUUAAAGAACAGCCAGUGUUUGAACAGAAAGAUGGGGAAGACGAGCCAAGAGGAGGGGCAGGCAAAGGCUCAUGGUGACUCUGAGCUAGCUGGGUCCCAGCAGAUAUGCCACACACUGCAGCCCCAUAAGUCAUUCACACUAGAUACUGUGUCCGAGUUGAGGCCGAAGAGUGGUGUGAAUGAGGACGACACUGAGGCCGUUUUUCUGCUCAGCUCCCGUGCCAACUCAAGAAGGAGCUGCAGUACCUCAGACUCUCUGAUCCAGGACCCUGUACCUCAGGCCAGCACUGGCACUGACAUCACAUCUUGUGUGAAAAGUCUUCUCCAUACUGACUCUGACCUGACUGUCACCCCAAUCAUGGACAAUCCCAAGAUUCUCAAGAGUCCUCCUGUGCGAUUUGAUCCUAAAACACUUUGUGUUCCAACAUAUUCAGUUGAGAAGCUGCAGUCUCUGAAUGAGGAAGGCUGGACUGUGUUCCUCCUACAGCUUUGUUCCUCCCUUCAAGAACAGAAUCCCUCCACUCCUCUGUCCUCCUCCUCCUCCACUGCUACUCCUCCACCUUCUUCCACAGCAGCUCGCUCCAAACUCAACCUGCUCUGUUACCUCUGCUGUGUGGCUGGACACAAAGUUAUUGCUAACAGGCUGAUUAACUCACCACUGCUGUCAGUGUUGACCCAGCAAUUACGACAUGCUCUUAAUUGGGAUAUGCGAAGCAAGGUUCUCAGAGUGAUGGGUCUACUGGCUCUGCAUUGUACCGAACUUGGAGAGGAGAGUCCUGUUUCUGAGGCUGUGUCCACAUUAUCAGACCUGUUGAGGGAUAAUCUGAAGAACAGUAAAGUAAAGCAUGUCCUGCUGCCACCACUUGGGGAGUUUCUGUACCUCAUCGCAUCUCAGGAAGAGAAGAGAGGCUCCCCAGAGGGACUGUGGUUCGUUCCCGCUGCCGCCUACACUGGCUUAAUGAGGAGCCUGCGGGAAGGGGAUGAUUCCGUGGUUCAUCACAUUGCUGCAAAAGCCAUUGAGAACAUCUCCACCACUGUUUCUGGAUCCUCCCACCACCUGUCCACCACAGAGAUGGGCUCGGCCCUGUGGUACCUGUUCACUCACUCCACUGUGGAGGCUGUCAGACUCACCGCCAUCUCUUCUCUUUCCAGACUAACCCGGGUGGUCCCAGCAGUCUUCUCAGCUGUGAUUGACACAUGCGGCCCUGCGGCCAUCUUGGAGGGUGUGGCUGGAGCAGGGGCCAGGGUCCAGCAGCACCUGCUCACUGCUAUGGCGGCUGCCUUAGUCACCUCACGCAUGCAAACACACCGCGUCACCCAGAACGAGGAUUUGGUGAUGAAGGUGCUCCGCUGUCUAGAGAGUCCAUCCAUCGUAACAAGAGCCAAAGCAAUACUGCUACUGCUGCCACUGAUACAAGACAACUUGCACACACUGCUUUACUGCUGUAAUCACAGAUUCAUCAUUUACUUGGAAAGAGACCUGCGCAAAGCCACACCUCUCAAAGUAAACCCCGGCCAAUCAGGAUACCUUGCUCAGUGUCUGGACUUACUGAUUGGAUAUCUGACCAGCGUUUCACCACGGAUACUGGACGACAUCUUAUGUGCAUUGAGAGAUGUGAAUGGCAGGAUUCACCCAUCUGCAGCUCAGAGCAGACAGCUUAAACACACCUUGCCUACAAUGCAUGUUGUGCUGGAACUUCUUUCGUCACAGGUCUUUCGAUCUCAAAUUGUGACUGACGAGUUUCUGGCUCAAUUUGGAUUGCUUCUUAACUAUGUCACCUCUAUAGAGUCCAAUGAAACAAACCCGGCUAGUGCUGUGGGUGCAGUAAUAUUUGAUGAGUUGAUCAAGACAUGUCUGUCCAUCGUGACAGUCCUGAGUCAGCACCACGCUCUCAUCACUUCACAUCAUCGUGCUGUUGUGGAUGCCAUCCUGCCUCCUCUGAUAACACUGGCUUUCAGCAGAAAUGUGGAGUGGUCCGUGUUUGUUUUGAGGGAGCUGUCCGAACUCAGUCUCGCCCUGUUGGUUCAGGAUGGUGAUAGUCGUAAUAAUGAUGAGACGACCAAAGAAAAAAAAGAGAGAGGAGAGGAAGGAGGAAAGGAAGCAGAGAAAAUGAAUGAAGAGAACUCUUCCAGUCAAAUACUAGCUCUCAUCACUGACUCUCUGCUUCCAAGGUAUGAAUCUCUUCUUCAAGCUGCAGAGCCUGUCCCACUCUACGCACUCAAACUGCUGGUAUCAGUGACGGAAUACAGCAGGCAGAUCUGCAGGUUGAUCAAACGCAGUAGGGUGCUACCAACAGUUUUUCAGCUCAUUAUGGCCAAUAGAAGUAAUGUUAACAGUGGGAUGGUCCAAAAUGCAGUUGCCUUGCUGUGUAACCUCACUGAAGAUUUAGUCUUAGACCUGGAGCCACUCCACCAGCAAGGCCUGAUAGAGUUGGUCGUGAGUACCUUCUCGGAGGCUGCAGUGGUGUACCUGGACGAAGACUGGCAUGCCACAAGGAGGAUCGGCCAUCUUGUGUUAAAAGCUCUUCUGGAACUGCUUCACAACACACUAAAACAAACAUCACAUGUCGUCCGCUCUGCACUGAAGAGCCAGAGGCUAUCUUGUCCAGCAGUAGACAUGGAGGCAGCAGAGAAUCUGCUCCAAGCCAACAGACCCCUGAGCCAACUCAGCACACACCUCAUUCACAUGCUGUCCACUGAAAACCAAGAAGUGUGGGAGGAAUCUAUUCAAUGUCUGUCCCUAUUGGCUCAGCUGUACGGUGGAGAGGGUCAUGACUGCCUGUCACCUUCGUGCUUGCAAAGCUUCUCUCACGUGCUCUGCACACACAUGCACACCAUGACCCCCAAAAUACAGCGCACAACCCUGAGGAUCAUCAAACGGCUGGUGCAGACUACAGACAGAUCUGAUUGGUUAGAAUGCCCUGAAGGGGAGGAGUUAGCGAGGCUAAUACAGGAUAUAACCACGUCUAAGAGGUGUCACGGUGAUGUGGUUCUGCUGGCUGCUGAAAUCCUCCAGGAGAUCACUGGAUCCUAGAAGCUUCUCAUCUUCACCGACGGUCCGCAGUGUGCAACUCUUUACCACCACAACUUCAGAAGAUCCUGAUGAUAAGCUAGUUAUUAGAUAUUUCACUUCUUCAAAUAACUUGUGUCUUCAAUUAAUCUUUCAGUAGAUAUGUUUGUUCUUUGGAGAUGUCAGUUUUGGAUUAAAAAUGACGUUGGAUAUGAA